AUGCUCGGGAGAUCUCCGCAACGCGAAUAUCUUGGGUUCUCUCAGUUUUUCGCAGUUACAUUUCUACUAUGGUUUAUAAUAACUUGGUCCAUACUACCAGACUUAAGUAUAUAUAAAAGUGAGCAACCUUGUCUUAAAAACGAUGUAAUCUCAUUUGUACAAGAGGUGAUGGAUGCUUUGCCACAACGCUACUGGAUAGUCGUGAUAGAAUGCAUUGUUUUGAUGGGGAUGCUUUUCACUUACUUGGGUAUUUUGGCUUAUAAUGAAGAUGUCUUAACGGUACCGCUCAACGACAUCCGAACACUUACAGAUGACCGCGCGAACGUCGCAGAAUGUUCAACACACCAGGAGUUUAUAGAUCAAUACGCUUAUAAUGAAACUGGAGGGGUGCUGGAUUUGCCCUUGACAGAAGUGUGUAAGCUGCUGUACGGACGACGAGACUAA